AUGGCCUCCCCCUUCCCUCCUUGUCCUCCUAUCCCCAAGGCCAGUGGCCCUGUCAGCCUUAUCGUCCCUCCCACAGAAGACCGCGCCCACAAAUACUUGACGCUAGACAAUGGACUUGAAGUCAUCGUUGUCAGCGAUCCCAAAGCCGACAAGGCUGCGGCUAGUAUGGAUGUCGGGGUUGGCCAUUUGAGCGACCCCGAGGACCUGCCGGGUUGUGCGCACUUUUGCGAACAUCUUCUUUUCAUGGGCACCAAGACCCACCCUCAAGAAAACGCCUACUCUCAAUACCUUUCCUCCAACAACGGUAGCUCCAACGCUUGGACCGCCAUGACCUCUACCAACUACUUCUUCGAUGUCAGCCCCGAUGCUCUGGAAGGCGCCCUGGAACGAUUCGCCGGUUUCUUCGUGGAACCCCUUUUCAACGAAGAUUGUACCGAGAGAGAAAUCAAGGCGGUCGACUCUGAGCACAAGAAGAACUUGCAGAACGAUGUUUGGCGGUUCUACCAGCUCGAAAAGUCGCUUGCUAAGCCUGGCCACCCCUACGGCAAGUUCGGUACCGGCAACUACGAGUCACUGUGGUCAAUCCCCAAGGAGGCCGGCAGAGAUCCCCGGCGUCAGUUGAUCGAGUGGUGGGAGAAAGAGUACUGUGCCAGGAGAAUGAAGUUCGUGGUGGCGGGCAAGGAGGACGUCGAGACGCUGGCCAAGUGGGUGAAAGAGAAGUUUGCGGGUAUCCCCGUUAGAACGGAGGGCAAGCCUGAGGUUGGACGAGAUGGUCAGCGAGUUGUCUUCGAGGACAGCCCCUUUGGUCCCGAGCAGCUCCAGAACUUUACCUUUGCCAAGCCUGUGCGAGACAUCCGAGGCUUGGAGAUGGUGUUCCCCUUCCCCGACACUGAGCAUUUGUAUGAGUCUAGACCCACACAUUUCCUCGCCCACUUCCUCGGUCACGAAGGCCGCGGUUCCGUCCUCUCCUACUUGAAGAAGCAAGGAUGGGUCAACACCCUCCGAGCUGGUGACUACCACGACGCCUCCGGUUUCUCCCUUUUCAAGGUCGCCGUCGACCUCACUCCCGAGGGUCUCCAGCACUACGACGAUGUCGCCAAGGCGAUCUUCAAAUACAUCUCUCUCCUUCGCUCUCAGCCUCCCUCCCGACUCGCCUUCGACGAGAUCAAGGCUAUCGCCGACAUCUCUUUCCGCUUCGCCGAACAAGGCAAGACAUCGCACUACUGCACCAACCUCUCCUCUUGGCUUCAGUCUCCUGUGCCGAGAGAGAAGAUUGUGAGCAGCAAGUGGCUGGUUGAGGAGUACAAGGAGGACGAGUUGUCUUCAGCUUUGCAGCUCUUGGACCCUAGGCGAGCAAACAUUGGUGUUACUUGCAAGGAAUUGCCCAAGAGUGUUCAAGGUUCAUUCGAUCAGAAGGAGGAGAUCUACGGUACAGAGUACAAGAGGGUCAAGUUCAGCGAGGAAUUCCUGAGAGAAACUACCGCUGGUGCUCCCAUCCCCGAGCUCGCCCUCCCUGGUCCCAACCUCUUCAUCCCCAAGAAGUUUGACGUUGAGAAAUUCGAAGUCGCCGAACCCGCCAAGCGACCUGCCAUCCUGCGGGACACUCCCCUUUCCCGACUGUGGUACAAACGCGACGACCGAUUCUGGCUUCCCAAAGCCAAUCUCGAGAUCAUGCUCCACAGCCCCAUCCUUAACGUCACUCCCCGUAAUGCCGUCCUCUCUCGACUCUUCUGUGACUUGUUCUCAGACGCCAUCACUGAAGACGUCUACGACGCCGACCUUGCCGAGCUCAGUUUCGGCCUUUGGAACACGAGCCAGUGGAUCUCCAUCUCUGCCGGCGGUUUCAGCGACAAGCUCGCCGUCUUGACCGAGACCAUGCUGGACAAGUUUGUCAACUUCCAGGUCGACCCUAAGAGGUUCGAGGAAAUUCAGGAAGCUACCAGGUUGUACUGGAAGAACUUUGCUUUGAGCGACCCGUACAAGAUCGGCAGGUUCUGGGACUCUUAUGCUACGCAUGAGGUCAUGUGGACGCAGGAGGAGAAGCUGAGAGAGUUGGAGUACAUUACUGUGGCGGAUGUCCAGGCGUUCGGUAAAGAGAUGUCGGCUCGACUGCAUAUCGAGACCCUUGUCCAUGGCAACACUUCGCCAGAAGGUGCCAAAGAGAUUCAAGAUAUGCUCGAGCGAGUGCUCAGCCCGCGACAGCUUACUGCUACCGAGUUGAAGGCUACCAGGUCUCUUGUCCUUCCUGCUUCUACGGAGCACGUCUGGGAGAUCCCGGUGCCCAACAAGUCGGAAGUCAACGGCGCCGUCAUCUACCAAUGUCACGUCGGCGAUCCCUCCGACGUCACUCUCCGCAACCACCUCUCCCUGUUCUCGCAGAUCGCCUCCGAGCCCUGUUUCGACACUCUGCGAACCAAGCAGCAGCUCGGUUACAUUGUGUCUGGACAUGCCUCGCAGUCGAGCGGUGCCAUGGGUUACUCUGUCCUCGUUCAGAGUGAGAGGGACCCGAUCUUUGUGGAGACGAGGAUCGAGGCGUUCCUGGAUGGCUUGAAGGAGACUUUGGAGGGAAUGAGCGACGAGGAGUUUGAGAAGCACAGGCAGAGUUUGAUCGCAAAGAAGGAAGAGAGGCCCAAGAACCUCAAUGAAGAGAGCACGAGGUUCUGGGGCAGGAUUUCUGACAGGUACUACGAGUUUGCCAGGCGCGAGAACGAUGUGGCUGUCCUCAAGAAGGCGACCAAGCAAGACGUACUGAACGUCCUUUUGAACUACAUCCACACUUCAUCCUCCACCCGAGCCAAGCUCUCCAUCCACCUCCGAUCCCAAUACAAGGGCGUCAAAUUCGACAUUGCCGCCGCCGCCCCUCUUGUCGAGGCUUUCACCAAGGCCGGUAUCGCCGUCGACCCCGCUGCGAUCCAGACUCUUCUCACCAACAACCCAACAUUGCAACAAGUCAAGGACUUUGGUGUGGCUGCGAUUGAAGGCGCGGCGAAUGUUGCGGAGGAGGUCAAGGGGCAGCUGAAGAGUGUUGUAGAUGCGCUCAAGGGCAGCGAGGAGGCUACCGAGGAGCAAACGGAGGAGGUGAAGCUGAGACCCGGAAACGUGUAUAUCGAGAACAUUGAAGAGUUCAAGGCGAGGCUUGUGCCGAGUAAGGCUGCUGUACCGGUGGAGCCUUUGCGUCAGUUGGUGGCGAAGUUGUAG